AUGUCUGAUAGUGAAGAAAGCGAUUAUGAGAACGAAGAAAAUGCUGAUGCUGUGGAGUCGUCGGACCAGAAACAAAGAGACAGCAGUGAGGAUGAAGAUGAAGAAAGCAAAAAUAUUCUUCGGCCUACAAUUAAGCAGAGAAAACGCAAGAUCAAUUCGGAUGAGGAAGAUAACAAAGAUGAUGAGGAAGAUGAUGAGGAAAUAGAGGAAGAUGAUGAAGAAGAUGACGAUGAUGAUGAGUACAGAGGCAGGAAAUUACGAAAGAAAAAAAAGAGACGUACGGGUGUUCAUCAGUUCAUACUGGAUGAUGUUGAAGUUGACGAUGAUGAGGAAGAAGAGAGUGAUUUUGAAGAAGACGGUGAUGAAAUGGGCAUAGAUCCCAAAGAACGUGAAGAAGCUGAAAGAAUGAUGAGAGAACAAGAUGAACGUAAUCAGGACGGUAGACGCAGGGAUAUUUUUAGUGGAAUGAAUGAAGCUCAAAUUGAAGACUACUUCAAGAAGAAAUAUUCCAAUCAGUUGCCAUCUAAUGAAAUGACUGAAGAGAAUAUGGUAGUAGAUGAUAUAGCGCGACAGUCUUUGCUUCCUUGCACAAAAGAUCCGAAUCUAUGGAUUGUGAAAUGUCGUAUGGGUGAAGAAAAAUUAGUCGCUCUGCAGUUGAUGCGGAAGUUUUUGGCCUAUGAACAUGCUAAUCCACUUGAAAUCAAGUCAGUUGUCGUUAAGGAAGGUUUGAAAGGCAUUAUAUACAUUGAAGCACUAAAACAGAGCCAUGUUGCUGCAGCAGUUGAGGGAAUAUCAGCCCUCAAUAUAUAUCGGAUUACUAUGGUGCCAAUUAAGGAAAUGUGUGACACACUCAAGGUGGCGAAAGAUAUCCCAUCUCUGAAAAAUGGGAUGUAUGUGCGUCUCAAAAGAACAAUGUAUAAGGAUGAUCUUGCCCAAGUCGAUUGGGUUGAUGUUGCACAUAAUAAGGCUUAUUUGAAACUAAUACCACGGAUUGAUUAUUCGAGAAUGCGUGGUGCUUUAAGAACACCAGAUGAACCGCGUGUUAUACGAAUGAAACGUCGACCGCAAGCACGUUUAUUCGAUGUCGAUAGAAUCAAGGAGAUUGGCGGUGAAGUCUCUACAGAUGGUGAUUUUUUAACGUUUGAAGGAAAUCAGUACCGUCGUGGAUUUCUUUAUAAAUGGUUCCCCCUUAAUAUAAUUCUUGUCGAUGGUGUGAAACCUUCACUUGCAGAAUUAGAGAAAUUCCAAGAAACGAGUGACGAUUUGAAAAAGGAAUUGGAAGGGACGAAAAUCAAGGAUCGCGCAUGUAUUUUUGCGCCAGGUGAUUAUGUUGAAGUAGCUGAAGGUGAAUUGGUGAAUCUUCGUGGCCGAAUUCAAAGUGUUGAUUGCGAGAAAGUUGUUAUGAUUCCUGAUCAUGAAGCUUUAAAAGAACCACUUACCUUGAAGGCUGCUGAUCUCAAAAAAUUUUUCAAAACAGGUGAUCACGUUAAAGUCAUCAAUGGUCGUUAUGAAGGAGAUACUGGGUUAAUUGUGCGUGUCGAAGAAAAUCUUGUAAUUCUAUUAUCAGAUUUGACAAUGCAUGAAGUCUUUUUGAUGCGACAUCCGCACCCUUCCGACGCGCGUGUUACUUCUGACCCGGUGGUAUAUGCGACAAAUAUGCGAUCCGGGCCUAAGCCUAGUAAUGAUAAAAAUCUGAAGCACAAACAUGGAAUUUCUCGAACGGAGAUAAGUACUCAAAACCCGUCAGCGGAGGCGAGAAUCUAUCUAAUACUUUAUGAGAUUGUGGUGCUGGUUGUGUCUGCUUGGAACGUCAGAACGUUUAUGGAUGAUGCAAGCCAAGCGAUCACUGUCCACACCCUUUCUAAAUACCGUCCAGUAAAUGACCGUAUGGCCUACGCGCGUUUCAAGAGGAAGUUCUGCAAUAUUUCGGUCAUCAGUAUAUAUGCUCCAACUUUAUGCGCAGAUAACCGCGAUCUGGGUAAGUUCUUUGCGGAGCUUCAACAGUUACAACACAGAGGUGACGUGAUCAUAAUCGGGGGAGACUGGAAUGCGGAUCUAGAUCAUGAUGCCGUUGUGAUGAAUUCUAUAAUUGGCAAAUAUGACAUCGGGGUCCAGUGCGCUAAUGGAGAAUGCCUUCUUCGUUUUGCCGAAUAG